UUCAACCCUAUUCGCUACAGUUACAGGAUAAUUACACAUUUUGCAUGAAAUUGUUUUUAUAAGAUUAAGAAUCUGUUGGUCUCUGGUACGAAUAUGCUGUAAAUGUAGAAAGAAUAAGAAGUUUGCUGUCUCGUUUCGCGCUGUAGUGCUACACAGCCACCUUCUGAUAAGAACCCGCAUUACGAAGAUCUGCAUCUAGCCGGACGAUUUCGAAACCGAUUAGAUACAGCGUUGCUGCACCGGAAGUAAAGAAGCGGUUGCCAUAGAGACGAGCUUCUCUUGUGUGGUUGAAUUUGCGACGCGGAGAGAACAACGUCGGUGAAACAGUGGCCGCUGUCCCGGGCCUGAGGAUGGAGCAGGCCGAAGGCAUCGACUUCGCCGCCCUGGAGCGGGAGCUCCGCGCCGCGCUGGAGGCGGACCGGCGGUACCAGAGAGAGAACGACGCCAAGUUCCGCGCCGUCCGGCAGCAGGUGGGCUCGUACGAGGAGUUCAGGGAUAUUGUGUUGGCGUCUCACCUUAAACCUCUGGAGAGGAAGGACAAGGCAGGAGCCCCUAGGAAACAGCCAUGGAACUCACUUGCCUUGGGAUCUGGACAGAAAGAGCUCCCAGAUUACGGGAGGAUAGAGGAGUCUGAAUUCCAGCCCCGGACAGCAGCCGAAUUCAACAGGGACUGGCGCAGGUGCAGGCAGAGCAGUGCUGAGAAGUACCGUCUGCUUCUGGCGCUGGGCGGGGAACAGCUGGGGAGGAUCUUCAGUACCGAGAUCGGGUUCGGGCUGCUCGGAGAAUUCCUCCUCGUCCUUUCUGAAAACUUCACCCCCGGGGAUGAGGUGGGUAUCACUGAGGUGCUGAGGGGCCUGGCCCAGACCCAGCGGUUCAGCCUUAACGUGGCCUUCCUGAGCCAGACGGAGAGAGAGGGCUCUCGGCAGUUGUUUGAGAAACUGCUGGCGGCAGCAGACACUGCAGGGGCCAUGGAUGACAAAACUCUGCUCCGUCCAACGCAGGACAACGGGACUGAAAAGGUAAAGAAUACCGUAAAAGAGCUAAGAGACUUGAUGCAGCUGUACAAGCUCAGUGCUGACUCUUCUCCCUGAGACUUUUGCCACAUUUC